AUGACCGUGGUGGCUGGAGAUAACAUGGACGAGACCUCGGCACUGCCCGGGCACCCGCUGGACUCGUACUUCCCUUACCACGACGACCACGAAUGCAGCGAGAGGGUGGUCAUCAACAUAGCGGGGCUUCGCUUCGAAACGGAGCUAAAAACCCUGGCGCAGUUCCCAGAGACUCUGCUGGGCAAUCCCAAGAAGAGAAUGCAGUACUUCGACCCGCUGAGAAACGAAUACUUCUUUGAUAGAAACCGUCCGAGUUUCGACGCCAUCCUUUACUACUACCAGUCCGGAGGCCGGUUGAGAAGACCGGUGAACGUACCCCUGGAUAUGUUCUCGGAAGAGAUAAAAUUUUACGAGCUCGGGGUGGACGCGAUGGAAAGAUUUCGCGAGGAUGAGGGGUUCAUACGGGAGGAGGAGCGUCCGUUGCCUGAGAAAGAAUUCCAACGCCAAAUGUGGCUUUUGUUUGAGCACCCCGAGAGUUCAGGGCCAGCGAGGGGAAUUGCUAUAGUGUCUGUCAUGGUCAUUCUGAUUUCAAUCGUCAUAUUCUGCUUAGAGACUUUACCCGGACUGAAAGAAGACCCCGCGGGCCGUAUGCAGGUCGUGGGCAACAGUACAUUCUACUACAAACCAAAUAUAUUAACAGAUCCGUUCUUUAUUGUGGAGACCCUCUGUAUCAUCUGGUUCUCGUUUGAGUUGAUAGUGCGGUUUUUCGCCUGCCCCAGUAAGGCGGCUUUUUUUAAGAACGUGAUGAACACUAUUGACGUGGUGGCCAUCAUUCCCUACUUUAUCACACUGGGGACAGAACUAGCGGACGAUCAGGAAAACAAGGAGGUGAAAGGCGAGCAGGCGACGUCCUUGGCUAUCCUCAGGGUAAUCCGUCUGGUCAGGGUAUUCAGAAUAUUCAAGCUGUCGAGGCACUCGAAAGGGCUGCAGAUUUUGGGGCAGACCCUCAAAGCCAGUAUGCGGGAGCUGGGACUUCUCAUUUUUUUCCUAUUCAUCGGUGUCAUCCUGUUCUCCAGCGCUAUUUUCUUCGCCGAAGCCGAGGAGAGCGGCUCUCACUUCAGCAGCAUCCCCGACGCCUUCUGGUGGGCAGUGGUAUCCAUGACGACCGUAGGAUACGGGGACAUGUACCCGGUGACGAUAGGGGGCAAGAUCGUGGGCUCUCUGUGCGCGAUCGCCGGUGUGUUGACGAUCGCGCUUCCGGUGCCUGUCAUCGUCUCUAACUUUAAUUACUUCUACCACAGGGAGACCGAAGGGGAGGAGCAGGCCCAGCUUUUAAAUGUCAGCGCACCGAACAUCGCGUCUGACUCCAAUUCGAGCCGCCGCAGUUCUUCCACCGUCAGCAAGUCAGAAUAUAUGGAGAUCGACGAGGACAUAAACAAUAGCAUUGACAAUAUACGAGAGGCAAACCUCAAAACUGGAAACUGCAUCGUAGCCAACCAAAAUUGUGUUAACAAAACCAAGCUGCUAACUGACGUAUAACCUUAAUUCCCGCCGCCGUUCGAUUCAAAUGAAUCUUCCUUGUAUAGCCUGUUCUGUAAUUAGCAUAUAUCCGAAAGCUUUAUUUGCCUAAUUGCGAUUAUUAAGCUCAGCGAGAUCAAAAGAGGAAAGGGAGAAGGCUACAUGAAAGAUGAAUAUCUUUUAUUUUGAAAUGGGAUCUUUCCAAGUUCGUAGCCUACAGGAUACAUCGGUUAAUCUGGGUGAUUAAAAUAUGACUGUACAACGCAUCCACUACCCCGGACUUCUUUCAAUUGCUUGUCAAAACAGACUAAUUAUUGGUUUUAAAAAUAUAUAUGUUAUGCAUGGACUGAUGCAGCAACCUGGAAAGAAUGUCUUCUGAAAACGCACGCAUCUGCAGCUAUCGAUCUACGUACUGCAUCGUGACAGGUGAACAAGCUCCACUAACCAGCCUAAAGCACUUUAACGAAACCACAAAAAGACUGGUCUAUCGCAGCGCAAGGAAACGAUCGUCUCCAAGACAUCUACAAUGCUGCUACUUUAUCGCAGAUGCUGUAAUUUCAGAAUGUUGCCAGGUGGACCAUGUGAGAUGCUGUGCCCUUUAUAUGCUCGAUAGCACAAUGGCAAGAACGGAAGAAAACGUUAAAUAUUAGCAUGUUCAGAUACUCUUAUUUUUUAAUAUUGGCAUGCGUGAGACAUUACCUCAUUGCAAUUUGACAUUUUUGUUGUUUGAUCCGAGUUUUAUUAUUAUUCUGAUUAUUCUUAUUCUUAUUCUUAUUAGUUUCUCAGUUGCUUUCACCAAAAGUGCACUAGUUAUGAAUUAUUUAAGUUGUUAAUAAUUUAAAAGUAUUUAAGUGCUGAAUGUUAAAUCCAUAGGGAACAGUGAAUUCUGCAGAUCAUAGCAUGUCAAAAGUGCUCCGCAUUAUAGCCUAAUCGACUAAGGUACUGUGUAUCCUAGUAUAUUUAAUGCAUGACGUCAGCAUUAAGAAGCUUGCGGCAAUGAAUGAUUUAUUGAACGACUUUUUUCCUCGUUAUUGUUCCGGAAGUUAGGAAGCACCGUGCCCGUGGUGUGUCCGAAACAUAUCUGUGUAUGAAUCCAAGGCCAACACUGGAUAAAGUUAUUUUAAACCAUGAAAAGAUUAAACAGAAACAGAACAAAAAACGGUAUAUAAUAUAACCUACACUCUGCACCCAUUACAGUCAACAAUAUUUUAUGGGUGCACUGCAUGGACCUUCUAUGAAUAAGGAAACUGAAAAUGACAAUGUAAAUGAUGCAUCCGUAUUGCAUUAUUUUAAUAAGUUUGCUAGUGCCUUUAACCCUGUAACCCAUUGGAUCGUUGAAAGUGCCUCAUUGUACAAUAGAAUAACACAGUUUAAAGUUGACGUGGGAGCGAUUCUUUACUCUAUUGCACUAUAGUCAAUGUGUUCUUCAGUGACCAACAGACGCCGUAAGCUCACGUCAGCCAGCGUUCAGAACGGAAAGAUAGGAGUUGAAUUCUUGGUUGUGGCACGGGAGCAAGAAUGGCACCACCGCGGAAUGUACUGAAAUUAGUGUCUGAAUCAAACCACCGGGCUGCCAUGUGACCGUUCACAAUUGGCUCUGUACUGUAUUUCCCCCUCCAUGAAAAUCCCAAUAUCACUCCAAAAGCCCUAAGCAAACGAUAAGCAACCAACAAGAGUAAAAAUAAUCAAUAUCUACCAACUUUUGUGCAACAUUUAGUCAUUUUCUUUCGGUUGUCUAUAACUCAGUGUGGUCAUAUGAUUAAAUGCAGUGCUUGUUAUUCGUAAUGCUUUACUGUUCGGCUACUUGUCCGUUUUGAGACCACUGGGAUGCCGGGAAGAGUAACGUAAGCACUUAGUGUGAAUGAACCCCAGACCCUUCUGAGGUUCUGACAAUCACAAGUUAUGCCUCGCUGUAGGAUUACAGCAUUUGAGUCACAAAAUGGUCGACUUUUUAGUUUCUGUACGAGGAUGCCAGGUAUUCAAGGGACAUCAUUUUCAGCCCAUCCCCACCCAAAAGAAAAAAGGAAUUCAAUUAAAAAGCAAAAAAAAAAACAAACAGAAAGGGCAUUAUCCAAUCUUAAAAGUGAAUUGUCUCUUGUAAGAUAUUCUGGUAUACUGUUUGAUCCCUUGGACAGUUAACGGCUUUUGUUGCGGUUGCCUGGAUACCAUGAGCUCCAUGUUGGGACAGAUAUGUAUUUUUGUUCUUGAUCUGGCUUGGUCCUCCACAAUUUUACAUUCGCAACAGUUCAUAUGUGGUUAAAGUGUGUGUUUUCGGCUUUUAUCACAGGCUUUAUUAGUUUAGUACCUGUAUGCUGUGACUGCUUGCAGUCUGUGUCCCACAGACAUGGCCAGACGCUGGGUAUCUUCCCUGGUGAUGCUCUGCCAGGCCUGCACUGCAGUCAGCUUCAGCUCCUGCAUGUUUCAGGGGCUAGAUUCCCGGGGGUUAUCUCUUCAGCUUAUGGGACGCAUGUUUAUUUGGAUUUAGAUUUAGAUUUGGGAAUGACAUGGCCAGUCAAUAAUGGCCAGUUUCUGCCUUUACAAAACACAUUUGUUGCUUUAGCAGUAUGUUUUGGAUCAAUGGGCCUCAUGCAAUAAUAUUUUUUUACUCUUAUCAUGCAUUUCUAACUUCUUUUGUAUGAUGGGCUCUUACGAGCGUGUCACGUUGGGUUCAACAAAUGCUUCUAACUGCGAGGAAAUUGUCCAAAAUGAAUAUGUCUGUUAUAAUAUAGUUGAGGGGUUCUGUCGGAUAGAUGGCCGUGUGAUUAACAAGAACCAGGAAUGUCUCACAUUGUCCGUGCCUGAUCGACUAAACUGCCGUUCUUCUUCUUUUCUCUUUUUUUUCUGCCAAACAUAUGGUGGAUUGUUGAUAUAUUUCACUCCUAAACAGUCCACUAAAAUUUGCUUACAUGACAGGUCAGGGCCACUCAAAACAUUUUUUUAAUUGAAUUGAAAGUUCAAUUGAAAGAAAAUUAGAGAAUGUGCCAUGUUCUCUUAAAUCACAAAUUUUAAGACAUUUAAGUGAUUUAAGAACAAAUCUGUUCAUACGAGUGGUCCUUGCACGAGGCCUAUUGUCUUCCUGUAGGAUGAGUUUGGAGGCAUUUGCUUGAACUUGAGCUGAAAAGAUGCUUCUGUACACUUCAGUAUCCAUUCUGCUGCUGCUAUCAGCAUUUACAUUAUCAAUGAAGGCAAGUGAGCCAUCUCCUGUGCCAGCCAUACAUGGCCAAACUAUAACACCCCCACCGCCAUGUUUCACAGAUGUGGGGGGUGCUUCGGUUCUUGGGCAGUUUCUUUUGGACGCCACACUGCUCUUGCAAUCACUCUGAUAGAAGUCAACCAUGGACUCAUCUGUCCACAAGACCUUUUUUUCAGAACUCUGCUGGCUGUUUUAGGUAUGUCGAAUCAAACUUUAAUCUGGCCGUCCUGUCUUCGAGGUAACCUAGUGGCUUGCAUCUAGCAGUGUAGCCUCUGUCUUCCCCGGACAGUAGUCACUGACACAAACACAGCUGCCUCCCGAAGAGUGUUUCUCACCUGUUCAACAGGUGUACUGUACUGUCCAAUUGGACCCUUUGUGAACACUGAGCUCACCAGUGCUCUCUUUCUUCUUAAUGAUGUCCCAAACAGUUGAUUUUGGUAAGCCUAAAGCGACAAGGCAUUGUUGCGACUGACAAUGUCCAAUGGAUGUCACUGGUUGCAGUGACGUCUGGUUUAUACUCUGGGUGACUGGAGUGAGUUUGUACUUUUUUUGCAAAAACGACCACAGGCAACAACGGAACAUUCAUGGAACAUUCUGCUUUUUCAGUCAAGUGACAUUUUGGACGAUAAACUGGCCUAUGUUUGGCCACAAAAUGGCUUCCUUGACAUUCAUUUGAAAAACACCAAUAACAGUCUCGACAAAGGCAAUCAAAAGCCUAUAAUCAAGACUACAUACUCAACCUACACUAAGGGAGCAUUCCAAAACAUCUGACUAAUCAGAAACACCUGUGAAGCCAUAUGUCCCAAACGUUAUGUGGCCCUGAAAUGGGGGGACUAUGUGUAAAAGUGCUGUCAUUUUUUGACAUGGUGAAACCAAAGUGUAUGAAAAAUACCCUUAAAUAAAAGCUAAGCAUGUGCACUUUAACCACAUGUGAAAUGUUUGAUUACCAAUCUCUAAUUGUGUAGUAUAGGGCCAAUUCAAUUAAAAAACCCCAAAAACAGAUCUGUCCCAAACAUUAUGGAGCUCACUGUAUUGUUCAUAUGUUGUUCUUAGUUUUGUUUGCACCUAGUU